CAGAGAAGGAGAACCAAAAGCGAAACUCCACACCAGAGACAGAGAGAGAGAAGAGACAGAGAAUUCUCACCAAUCCCUCAAGCGAAGAAGAAGAAGAAGAAGAAGAAGAAGAACGAGAAGGUACCUUUCCAUCGCCAGAUCCAGCGAAAGGACCGGAAGGGAUGUCGUCCACAUUCAGCGGCGAUGAAACUGCGCCCUUCUUCGGCUUCCUCGGCGCGGCGGCUGCGCUGGUUUUCUCCUGCAUGGGAGCUGCAUACGGGACAGCCAAGAGCGGGGUGGGCGUAGCAUCUAUGGGUGUGAUGAGACCUGAGCUGGUUAUGAAGUCCAUAGUGCCCGUGGUUAUGGCAGGAGUGUUGGGUAUUUACGGGCUGAUUAUCGCCGUUAUCAUUAGUACUGGGAUUAAUCCCAAGGCGAAAUCUUAUUACCUCUUUGAUGGGUAUGCGCAUCUUUCAUCUGGCCUGGCUUGUGGUCUUGCUGGGCUGUCAGCUGGAAUGGCAAUUGGAAUUGUUGGAGAUGCAGGCGUCAGAGCUAAUGCGCAGCAGCCAAAGCUUUUUGUUGGGAUGAUCCUUAUCCUCAUUUUCGCCGAAGCACUGGCUCUCUACGGCCUUAUUGUCGGCAUCAUCUUGUCUUCUAGGGCAGGCCAGUCCAGAGCAGAGUGACGAGGACCCAUGGAUGCAUUACCAAACUUAUUCCGCAGGCUCUUUGCGGAAAGGUUAUGUAGUCUCAGUUUAUAGCGUUAGUUGGACAGGCCUCGCAAGAAUCCGAUUUCUUACCGUCUUUCCAAGAUGAGAAGAGAGCGUCUCUGCAUGAGAAAGGCUUGUGAAGCUCUUCCUUUGCCCCCCUUUUGAUUCGUGUAUUAUAUACAUUGUGAACCUUGAUUCUGUGACUGAUAUUCUUGAGAUUUGUGUGCA